AUGAGUUCAACAUCACUAAUUACCAGUCAGCCAGAACAAUCUACCACUGGAAACAAAUCCUCGUCAUCAACUAGCAGUAAAUUACACCAAACUACCACAAAUAUCAGUUCAACAUCACCAAUUACUAGUCAUCUAGAACAAUCUACCACGGGAAACAAAUCCUCGUCAUCAACUAGAAGUAAAUUACAGCAAUCUACCACAAAUAUUGGCUCAACGACAUCAAGUACCAGUCAUCUAGAACAAUCUACCACUGGAAACAAAUCCUCGUCAUCAACUAGCAGUGAAUUACACCAAACUACCACAAAUAUCAGUUCAACUUCACCAACUACUAGUCAGCCAGAACAAUCUAUCACUGGAAACAAAUCCUCUUCAUCAACUAGCAGUAAAUUACACAAAUCUACCACAAAUAUCGAUUCAACACGAAGUACUAGUCGGCCAGAACAAUCUACAACUGGAAACAAAUCUUCGUCUCCAAGUAGCAGGAAAUUACAACAAACCACCGCAAAUAUUGGCUCAACGACAUCAAGUACUAGUCAUCUAGAACAAUCUACCACUGGAAACAAAUCCUCGUCAUCAAUUAGCAAUAAAAUGCAACAAUCUACCACAAAUAUUGGUUCAACUUCACCAACUACUAGUCAGCCAAAACAAUCUACCACUGGAAACAAAUCCUCAUCAACAAGCAGUAAAAUGCAGCAAACUACCACGAAUAUCAGUUCAACAUCACCAAUUACAAGUCAGCCAAAACAACCUACCACUGGAAUAAUUUCUCCAUCAUUGGCCAAUCUACCAAAUCUCAUCCCCAGCGAUAGUUGGCCAGAACAAUGUAAAACUAGUCUGAUGUCUCCAUCAUCAAGUGUAAGUCAAUUAGACAUUUCUAAUAUGAGAAUGUGUACUUCAUCACUAAGUACGAGUGAGGAGCUAUACCUUACUUCCACUAAUUACACUUUUGUAAGUGUAGAUAGACCUAACCCUGGUAAUCAUACAUCUAGUAGGGGUACUCAGCAAUCUUUUAUUGACGAAAAAUCCGCGACACGAAAAUCCGCCUUAAAUGACAAACAGUCAUCAGUGGUGAAUAGCACAUCUAAAAAUAAAUCAUGCAUUAUUAUGUGA